AGACCUCCUUCCCAGUUUCGGACCGUGUUGCGAGAGGCUGAGCUUUGUACGACUGACGAACACUGCAAAGAUCAGAUUGUGUCUCGGACUCCAGCUUCAGAGCAGAUAUGUCUUUCUUUACAACUGUGGCACUCCUGGUUAUUCUGGCCAUUCCUGAGGGUACCAGUCAGGGGGGUCAAGGAGUGCCUCUGCGAUGUCAGUGCCUCAACAAGGAGAGAAAGCCCAUCGGACGUUUGCUAGAAAGGGUGGAGGUGAUCCCUGCCAGCUCUCACUGCACAAAAAUUGAGAUUAUUGCCACUCUUAAAAAAGAUGGGGGAGAGAUCUGUCUGGACCCUGAAGCUCCGUGGGUCCAAAGAGUGCUCCGGAGAUUGGAUCAACGAACACCUUGAAGAAUAACGGACCGGGACACGUUUUCAUUUACACUGAAGCUUAAAGCGGACACAAAAAGCACAAAGAGCUUGUUCUGUAUCGCAGGAAGGGUUCACGUGGCAGCGGUUGUGCCUAUAAAUCAUCAACACAACAACGAGUGCGGACACAAACGAGGCUUUAUUCUGAAGAGCGUCACACUUUCAAAGAGCUGUUUUUAAAAGCAAUUACAAUAUUUGUAUUUUCUCUUUGUAUGUAGCAAGUUACAGAAGGACAAUUCUGUUCAAUGUGCAAUAUGUGAUGUCUACAAAUGUGCCUCUGUUUUAUCUGUCUCAGAUGUUUCUGUCAUCUAGAAUUUGUUUACAGCUCAAUACUCUGCUGCUUUUUUGUAUCAUGCACAGUAAAUAUUAACUAAAAACGUCACGUAUAACUCAAAAGUUCAGCAUUUUAUUUGUCUACAAAAUGCAUCAAUAAAACAGUUCUCUCUUGA